UAGAUGAGUGGGAAUGAAUUAUUCAUCCAGAUAUUUCGGGGAACUCGAAUAAUUAAAUAGAUAUUCCGUGAAAAAUUGUCGGAACUCGUAAAUUUUUCAUGAGAAAGUUUUCGGUGAAUUUGUUGGCAUCAACGUUUUCAAUGCUUUUACGUCCCUUUCGAGAACUUUCGUAGAAUAUAUUGCAUGAAAUUUAUUAAUCGCAGGAAAAACUAUAUCUUCUGUAUCGAUCAAACUUCAUGCUUCACCGUAGUUUGAGUAUCGAGUUGUCUUCAUGUUGAAUGGAAGUACGAUUUGAGAAAUCCGAGAGCUGUCACGAUAUUCCGGAUUGAUAAAGAAACCAAUGUAAUUUCCAAUAACAUAGGCAAUACAUAAAUUAUCAGUGGAAAAACUAGCCAUUAAUGCCAGGACACUAUUGAAUUAAUAGAAUCGUUAGUAAAAAAAAAAUGUCUGGAAUGAUCGCGUUGCAGGAAGUCUAAUCCGAUGGAGAAUAACACAGAGUCAAGGAUAGCAUGGAUGAUAUAAAUAAUUGAAAAAUACGAGUUGAACUCAAAGAUUGUUUGCCUUCGGGGCGGGAUGUUGAUUGUCCACUCAUUUUAACCACCUUUUGGCACAUGACACACCGUGAGUCAUCGUGUUUACGUCACCGUUCAUCCACACUGCCCCCAAAUGAAGAUUUAAAAUCACAGCAUCAUUUGUUCUUUUAAGAUAAUGACUUGCAUUUUGUCCGAAGAAUUUACGGAAAAUAAAUGAUCGAAUUAAGCCGUUAAAUGCGAAACAUCGUUGACAGAUAUAGCCGAAUGUUGAAAAGUCAUUAGAAGUUCUUCCAGACUCCUUGUAUUUUUUAAUUUUUCCAAGAAGACUUGGAACAAAAAAUCGAUGGAGUAAGUGAAUGAAAAACAGCGUAAAAAAUAUAAUCAAUUCCAACAGAAUGAAGAAUAUAUUAUGAAGAAUUGUAGAAUAAAAACUGGAUUGCCGAUCGUAAGUCGUGCUCCUAUAUUUAGUCCGCAAAAUGACUUAGUGUUCUAAAAAAAAUGUUCAUUCUCCAGCCAAUAAAUAAAUGUUGAAGUAUAUUCUGCAGGAAUGAGAGGGUAUUAUUUAGCCGAUUGAAAAUGCUAGUUUAGCAAAUAAAAAAUCACUACAAAUAUUCCAAGAAAAUCAAGACAGCCUGUUAUCUCGAGCUGGCUAAUGACUUCAGAGAGAAUAUCCAUCGCUGCUCAAUAUUAUCGGCUUUGUCCCUGAACAUUUUCGAGUGAGUAACUAAAUGUGAAAGAAAUCCAAUAAAAUUCGCCCUUAUAACAGCGACUGUCCCUAUAUUUAGCCCCAAAUGACUGGGUAACAUUAAAAAAAAAAAAACUUCUGAUUCCUCACCGAAAAAAACAAUUCUCCACAAACCAUGGACAACACACAUCAUAAAUCACAAUGUUGUUUGUCGAGUGAAAAAAAAAAUCUAAGUGCUUAUCACAACUCGGUCAUUAAAACCGCAGAAAAAUAUGAUUUCUCAACCACAGUAGAGGGGCCCCAAUGAUCACCGACUUCGCUCCUGAAAUCUUAUUCCCCCACCCCAACAAUUCCCGUGUUUUCCAAAUCAGCUGUUAUUCUCCGACGUUGUCGUGUCGGGUGGCUUGUCGGCCUGUAUCGUACGAAUGCCAUACAACGGCGUCGAGGGAGGUGAGAGAGUGAGGGGCGUAUUCAGUCGGUCGGCAGUGAGCCUUCGUGCCACUUCGUGCUCCUCGACUCCACGUAACAGCGGUGAAGCCCCGGUUUCCUCCAUCAAUUUCUCGGAGCAUAUUUGUUAUUUUUUUUUUUUUUCUUCAAAUUUAAAUGAUUAAUUGAAAACCGGAAUUAUCUGCGCACAAGAUAUUUAUCAAGGAGAUAAUUUUUCAGUGAAAAAAAAAAUUGUGAAUUAAAUGAUCUGUAAAAGACAGUGAAAGUUACGGAUGAAAAAGUGUCGGUGAAUUGCACGAACGAGGUGUUUAAAGUGAAUCCCGUGGUAACACCUGGCGCGGACACCAAAGACUAUUCAAUGAACCCCGUUUGACCCUCCUAAUUUCCCAUACGUAUUCCAAUAAAUCUAGUGGGUGGUGGCUGCCGUGAGGAAAAAUAAUUUUACUCAACUGGAUAAUAAAUAAUUUCAAAGGACAUGAGAGUAAUGCUAGAUUGAUAUUACACUGGUGCUAUCAGAUAUCGUCCGAAAAGCCUGAGGGGUGCUAAGAGUGCGUUAACCCAGGUGCAUGUCCACAGGGAGUCCGAAAAAAAACUCCUGAGGCAUUUGAUUUCCGUGAAAUCAGGUAGAUCGAGGUGUAGAAGAGAAACAAAAAAAAACAAUUAUUUUCCAGUGGAUAAAAGCCUUGUGUUUCCUUCCCCGGAAGACUAAAAAAAAAUCCGUAGAUUGCAUCGGUACGUCAAAAUUCCCCACUUCCAUGUCGAUUGCGGUGGAUUACGAAACGUUAAAUUUCGUGGACAAAACGACUUUCGUGCGUGCUUAAGGUCUCGGAGAGCAACGAGAGAGGGAAAAAAGAGGCCUUGUCCCCGUUAAACUGUGUCAGUAGGAUAACACCAGAUACUGACUUGCAUCAGGACACGAGUGUUUGAGUGGCCGAGGUGUAUCGUCAGUAAAAUUGAAAUAAUUUCUGGAAAUUAUUUCAAACCCCGAGGGAAUUUAAUAAAUCUCGUGCUCCGAUCAACCGUGAGCUUCAAGGCAAAACGUUCCGUCCACGUGUCGACACUUUGAUCACGUUCUCGUCUCGAGGCACGUGGGUAACGUUCCCCAACGCACGCAGUAGAUUUAGUCCUUCUGUUUGUGAGUGAUCAUGCGCACAAGACAAAUGUAGUGGCAAAUAAUCACUCUGUUUAUCUGUAAAUUUUGAGAAAUUGAAACAACGCAAAUAUCGAACUCUUCCUCCCCAAUUACAUUGUUGACAUUUUCAAGUGGUUAAAAAAUUGAAAAAUCAGUGCGCGAGUGACGGGAGAAGGUAGAAAUACGAUUCUCCUCCGUUGAACUUUUACAUCUGAUUGGAAAUUAAAAAAAAAAAUCCUAUUGGGGAUUAAUAAUUUGUGAAUCUAUUAGUGGACAAGUGGCAAAAUAAUGCUGGAUUCUUAGCAUUUGAUUUUGGGAAGGUCAAACCUUCUAGUCUAGGAUAUUCACUGUCUUCAUUCUGAUAUCGAAAAAGUAUUUUCGAAAUAAUGAAAAAUCCGGAGCACGAGAGCGGUUACUUCGAGGAUGGUAGUGAUGUGGAGAUUGUUUUUGAGGAGAAUGCUGUUGGGGAUGAGAGAAAAUGGGGUUCUGGAUCGUAUGGACUCUCUAAGGCCAUACGACAGCUUGACGUCACCGAUUCACCCGCAUCACCGGAACCCACGGAGGAUGAGCAAAACCAGGACAAAGUCAAUCUAACUGACAGUGGUGGCCAGAGGGUAGACAUGACGCACUUUGAUCUGCUGAAAGUCCUUGGAACCGGAGCUUAUGGAAAAGUCUUCCUCGUGAGAAAAAGAAUUGGCGCUGAUGUUGGUCGUCUUUAUGCGAUGAAAGUAUUGAAAAAAGCAACGAUUGUUCAAAAGAAAAAGACAACAGAGCACACUAAAACCGAACGACAAGUUCUCGAGGCUGUGAGGGACAGUCCAUUCUUGGUUACACUCCACUACGCCUUCCAAACUGACGCUAAACUUCACCUAAUUUUAGAUUACGUGAACGGGGGUGAAUUAUUUACCCAUCUCUACCAACGGGAGCACUUCACGGAGGAUGAAGUGCGGAUAUACAUUGGAGAAAUCAUAAUUGCGUUGGAGCAUUUACAUAAGUUGGGUAUUAUUUAUCGUGACAUAAAACUUGAAAACAUACUUUUGGAUCGUGAGGGGCACAUAGUACUCACGGACUUCGGUCUUAGCAAAGAAUUUCUGCCACACGAGAGGGACAACAAUGCACGUGCAUACUCAUUUUGUGGGACCAUUGAGUACAUGGCACCGGAAGUUGUCCGAGGCGGUUCUGCUGGUCACGAUAUUGCUGUCGACUGGUGGAGCGUUGGGGUAUUGGCUUACGAGCUUCUCACAGGUGCCUCACCAUUUACCGUAGAAGGAGAAAGAAAUACUCAACACGAGAUAUCACGUAGAAUUCUCAAAACAAAUCCACCAAUUCCAAGCCACUUGAGCCCAGAAGUGCAAGACUUUCUGGCAAAGCUAUUGGUUAAAGACCCGAGACAGAGAUUGGGCGGUGGGCCUGAUGAUGCUAAAGAGCUCAAGGAGCAUCAGUUCUUCAGAAAAGCUCCCAAGUCAUUCAGUUGGUCUGCCCUCGAGAAACGGGAGAUUGAACCACCCUUUGUGCCUCAAAUUGCUCAUGAACUUGAUACCAGCAAUUUUUCGGAAGAAUUCACAAAAAUGGUGGCUGCUGAUAGUCCAGCUGUUGUACCACCCAAUUACGAUAAGAUAUUUCGGGGUUAUUCCUACGUAGCUCCAUCAGUCCUCUUCGGUGACAAUGUAGUAUCCGAAGACAUAGUCAAAGACUCAGUCCCGGAGGGUCAUCAUCAGGCCACAUCACCCUCAGCAGUCCUAGCCAGUCGUUUCGAGGAGUCGACGUUCCUUCAGCACUACGACAUUGAUUCGAAGAGAGAAGCUCUCGGUGAUGGUAGUUUCUCAGUCUGUCGGCUCUGCAGACAUCGCCAAACGAAACAAGAGUACGCCGUUAAAAUAGUUAGUAGACGAGUGGACUGUGGCCGAGAGGCGAAUCUCCUUCGUGCCUGCCAGGGCCAUCCAAACGUAGUAAAAUUAAUUGACGUCUACCAAGACCGUGCUCACACGUACAUAGUCAUGGAAUUGCUGUCCGGGGGUGAACUACUCCGUUCAAAUCGAAAAAUGUCUGAGAAGGAGGCGGUAAAAGUGAUGAAACAAUUGGCAUCAGUAGUUCAAUUCAUGCACUCCCGUGGUGUUGUCCAUCGUGAUUUGAAGCCUGAGAAUUUAGUCUACGCUCACUCUGGACCGGAUUCUCCAGUGAAAGUAGUGGACUUUGGCUUUGCCAGAUUGAAGAGAUCCUGCGAGCCCCUUCACACACCUUGCUUUACACUUCCUUACGCAGCACCUGAAGUCCUAGCCCGUCAGGGCUAUGACGAGAGCUGUGAUCUUUGGAGUUUAGGGGCCAUCCUGUACUCCCUCUUGUCUGGAAAGCCUCCAUUCAAGGUUGGGGGUCUGGAUCUAGCAAGUAGGAUCCGAACUGGAGAAGUUAACUUUGAUGGAGAUGAGUGGAGGCACAUCAGUCCAGCUGGGAAAGAAAUAGUGAAAUCACUGCUGGCAACAGAUCCACAUCAGAGGCUGACAGCAGCAGCUCUCGUUCGCCACUGUUGGCUGACCGGUAGCUCAACCACACCUAUUGAACCCCUCCACAGUCAGUCCACCUUUGCCAUCCACGAGAGAGCCAAUGCUUUCAAGCUCAAAAACGUGGAUGGAGCCAAGUUGGCGCAGAGAAGAAAACUCCAUAAACGAUCCACUUCGUCUUCCGUCUCCUCCUCAGCUUCCACCACCUCCUCCAGUCCCUCUUCUGUUCAAGUAUUGAGACCCCCCAGUGCCACGACUUCUAUGACAACUUCAGCAUCCCCAGCCCAACCCAAUGCCUUUGACUUUGGGGAGGACAGGGUCAACGAGUACUUGAGCUCGUUGUCCUCGUCGUCUGAUUCUAAUUCACCGAGAAGUAUUCUUCAAGAGAGCGAGAGGGUCAGAGAGCCCCUCGAAGCACCCAAGGCCAAGAGGAGAAAAAAAGACGAUAUGGACGACCAAAACAGCAAUAGCAAGAGUAAUAGCAGUGGCAGUGGGCCUGUGACCAGAUCUAGAAAGAGGAAACUCGAGCAGGCAAGUGGCUCCGACAGCUCUAUUGAGUUUUCUGAGGGAAGGGAGAAGCCUGAAGAGAAUCUUCAUAGGAAACAGAAGACUGGAAAACGACCCAGGAGGCACGGUGGUGCUGCCAACGAUUAGUAGAAUAGUCGCAUUGUUUUAAAAUGAUCAAUUUUUAUCAAUCAAUUCUUCGUAUUCCUCUCGAAGGAUCUUGGCAGUAUCAAUCAUUCCUAAAUGUACUUCUAGGUGUACGUAGAAUCAUUUUUUCAAAGAAAGCUGUUUCUGUGUCGAACAUUGGUGAUAUGUAUUCAUUAUUUAUGGGAGAUUCACUUCAGUUGCUGGGAUAUAAGAUGUUUUUUUUUGUUCUUCAUUUCUACUAAUCUGAGUAUGUCCGGGUGUCUCAAAAUUAUUAUUAACUUAGUCGAACGCAGAAUGCAAUUAUUUUCUGUUGAUAAAUUAUGAUUAUCUUUGGUAACUAACCAAUGGAAGACUCAACGAAUGGCAAACAUAAUUUCCGUUCUCCCAAACUAGUGAUAUAAUGGUGAAAAAAAAAAUAUAUUUCUUUUCUAUAAAAGGCAUUAGUCCACUCAAUGAUGGACAAUUCGUAUGGAGUUACCGAAAGACUUGAUUUAAUUUUUCAAUUCGUUGGAAGUAAAUAACGAGAUUUCUCGUACAAUAAUACUGAUGAAUAUGCCUUUAAAAAGUGAGAGACGUAUAAAAAAUUCAUUGACUGUUUAACCUGACGUGCAGUGUUUGUUGGGAAAUGGCAAUUUAUUAAGAAACAAAUAAAUAAAAUUGUAUACUAUGGUAAAGACUGAAAAGGUUGUAUACCAACUCAGGGAACAGAAUUGAGAUGUGAAUUAUCGGCGCCACAAUCAGACGAUUGAGAAAUAAUAUGCAUAAUCGGUAUGAGGCGAUUUAAUACGCACAUCAACCAAAGAUGACUGAAGCAUCACUGCUGUAAGACCAAAAAGAAUUCAAUGAAUUUAAAAUGAGAAUUUACACAUGAUGACUUGUAACCGAGGAAUAACUAAUUCACACGUCAUUCGACACAUGAACAUUUAUGUAGAACACUCGCAGAUAGAAACAAAAAUGAAUUAUAUAUUAUUAUAUAUUGAAGAACUCUAUAUUAUACAAGAAUCGUCUAUAUUUAAUAUUAGAAAUAACGAACUAUUCUUUAAUGAGAAAAAAACCUUAAAAGUCAUUAUUGAUUAUUGAGUAAUAACAACCGAAUGGGGAAGAUGGCAUUGUUCUUUCGCUCUAUUCUGAUCUGUUCUGUUCUACUUGAAAUCCAGCAAUUUUCAAUGAUAAGAAAUUGUCGGGAUUAUAGGACACUUAUCGAUAGAUAUAUUUUUAUCGAGCAUAAUAACGCAAUCCAAAUUCAAGAUUAGAUAUUUCGAGAAUUAUUUCGUUUAUAUGAAUUAUGAAACACGUCUACCUUUGUUAUUGCUGAUUGUUAAAAUAAAUCAUAUUGUGAUGUUUAAAAAAA